GAUCGCUGCCUGUGCUGCGUGCUUCCUUUUUGCCUUCGUCCAGUGAACUAUGCAAGUUGGGAGUACGUAAAUGUUUGAGAUUUCGGAAAAGGGGAUUUUCUUUUUUUUUUUUUUUUCUUUUUGGGAGAUGAUUGAGUUCGCGGGCAGCCUGUUCCUUGGAAGCCAGCAGCCUGAAAGAGAGCCCCCGCCAACCCUGAACUGCCAACGAGGCGGCCUUAUCCGUCAAUCGAAAAACGUGCUCGGCUGCGGCUCAAUUUCGUUGUCGGUGGGCGACCCGGCGAAUUGGAUACCCACGCUCUCGAAACUCAGCAAAUCCUCCUCCACACCCUGGUCCUGGCUCGUAUCUCCAAGCCUCCCCAAACGGCCCGUCUGCUCGUGUCCUGCCCGUGUGAAACGACGCUAUUGAAUACUUGCUUUGCUUCAGAAUGUGGCUAUGAGCAAAAAAAGAACGAAAGCACAAAAGACAGGCUGCUUCUUGCGGUGGAUCUCAAACCGCAGAAGCCCACGCUAGUUGGGUCAAAGUGGGACGGCAAAGGGAAGAUCGGCAACCGAGACAAAAUAAAAAAAUUAAUUCCAAAAAAUAAAAGCGAAGAAACAACUGUUUGUUGUGGACCAUAUUUUACGGCCCUAGUUAUGAUUCGAUGACAAAUGCGGCGUAACGACAAGACGUGACGGCACGACAGCCAGCCGUGAGAGACUGCGAUGGCGUGAGGGCAACAGGUUUCCACGCCUGGACUGUGAUGAUGAUGAUGAUGAUGAUGAUGCGGGAGCAGUUAUUUUACAUCCGUAGGAGUGCCUUUCAUUACGGGGUCAGGAGCCUGGAACAUGAGAAUGCGUGAACCAGCACGCCACGGGGUUAAUAAAUAUUAAUACUUGAAGCAACUGCACAUCCAACUCUGGAAGUGUUCUUUUCCUUCGCGCUGAGAUCCUGGAACCAACAGGCCAGAUAGUGAAUAAUAUAACCACCAGGAGCAUUUUACGGAACAUUUUUCUA